AUGAACCUAGAUAAUAUUGUUUUUUCAGGGAAAAUCUUCAACAUAGCCUAUCCAGGCCACAUAACGCGCGUAGUCGAGCUGGACCCUAUACCAGCGCACCAUACGUGGCCGUUCACUCGAGAAGGCCUCCACGAUUGGUACCACUCGUACUACUUGAUGUAUAAUGAUGAUAGGUUCCAAAAAUUCAAUAGUGGUUUGGAGACUGCGCCGAAAUAUAGUUAUGAAAAGGCACAACAGCUGAUGAUGCAUACACGAGGCUUAUCUAAAGAGGCGACGGAGCAUAUCCUGGAGCGAUGCCUGAUUCCUGCAGGCGAUGGUCUAUACAGAUUCACAUUUGACCAGCGAAUGAAAGAAGUAUCAGUAUUCCCCUUUUCCGGUGAAAUGUUAGAAAAAAUAUAUACUACUACGACCACGCCAACAUUUUGUGUAUUGGCUAAGAAAAUGAUAGAAGUAGGUGUUUACGAACCCGUACCAUUUAUUAUGGAUGAAAAGGCUUGGCCUCACGGCAAUUAUAAGUACAAGAUUGUCGAUGGCAGCCAUGAUGUGCACAUAGACAAUCCAGAGUACAUGGCCGAUGACAUUUCAAACUUUAUUCUAGAAGGCGCGAAAGCGAAAUUAAACUCAAUUGUAAAAGUGGCUUCCCAACGAAAGUAG